CUUCGUAGCCCCGGCGGGGUUUAAAACUUGUAGUGUGUUCGGCCGCCUCGCCCUAGAGCUGACUCGAGAAGGAGCGGGAUCAUGGGCAGCCUGAGGGGGCUGAGUUUGUGGGCGCUGCUGGCACUGCUGGCGUCAGGGGGCUGCUCUCCGCGCGAGGGGUCCCUCUUCCCUUUCGGCUUGGAACGAGGCGACGAGGAGUUGGAACCCGGGGACGACGUGAGCUCGGCGCCUCUGCUGCUCGACACGCCGCUGCACUUCUAUGGCUCCCGCGUCUACUCCCUCUAUGUUCUUACAAACGGCAUCAUUGCAGUGAGUGAGCCAUCAAGAGAAGAAGACUAUCUUGGACAAUUUCCUCUUAGUUUUGGAGGUCUUGCUCCCUUUUAUGCUGACUUGGAUACUACGGGUGGACAUGGAAAUGUAUAUUACAGGGAAGAGUCAACCUCUGAGAUCCUCCAACUUGCUACCAAGUACAUCAAAAGGGGCUUUCCAAAUAUUGCCUUUGAUCCAAAGAGUGUUGUCAUUGUUACCUGGGAUUCUGUGGCUCCUUAUGCAGGAUCUAGUCAAGAUGCUACUUUACAAGUGAAGAGAAACACAUUCCAGGCUGUUUUAGCGUCUUCUGAUUCUAGUUCCUAUGCGGUUUUCCUUUAUCCAGAAGAUGGUUUGCAGUUCUAUAGUACGCAUUCCAAAAAUGAUAAUGCAGUUGUCCCAGCAAUUGUUGGCUUUAGUCAACCUUCUACAAAUUACUUCUUAUGGGUAAAAGCUGGAUCGUACAAUAUAAUUGCUAAUGAUGAAGAGAUCCUUAGGAAUCUGUGCAAGGGCAGCAAUUUGGGACAACCUGGAAUUUGGGCAUUUGAGAUUGGUGGCUCAGAUGAUAUUCUAUCAGCCAAAGGUACUCAGUCUCCUGCCAGUGUAGAAUACAGUGACUAUGAGCAAUUCCAGGAAGUGACCAUAGACCCUUCCAUUCUUCACCAAGAAGAUUCCAUUAAAAUAAGCCAGCCAGAAGUCUCCUAUGAUGUUUCUGACAGAGGAGAUAAUUUGAAGACUGGAUACAGCUUACCUCAGCCAGCAGUAGAAGAGGAUUUUCAGCUUCCAUACCAAACUUUUACUGAGCAGCCACCAGCUGAACUUCCACUCCCAACAGGAAAAAAUCCACCUCUCCAGUUUCCAGUCCACCAAUUUCCCAACCAGCAUGCACAGAUUAUUGAAGUAGAAGAAGAUGAUGAAACUGGAAUUGUGUUCCGUUACAAUACAGAUGUCCAGCAAAGCUGUGCAAACAACCGCCAUCAGUGUUCAGUUCAUGCUGUUUGCAAAGACUACCCAAAUGGCUUUUGUUGCAGUUGUAUUGUUGGCUACAAAGGGAAUGGCAGGCAAUGUGUAGCUGAAGGUUCUCCUCAGCGAGUCAACGGAAAAGUCAAAGGACGAAUCUUUGUGGGAAACAAUCCAGUACCAGUUGUAUUUGAGAACACUGACCUUCACUCUUACGUUGUGAUGAACCAUGGGCGUGCAUACACGGCCAUUAGCACAAUUCCAGAAAGUUUGGGUUUCUCCUUGCUUCCUCUUGCAUCCAUUGGUGGGAUCAUUGGAUGGAUGUUUGCCGUGGAGCAGGAAGGUUACCAAAAUGGAUUCAGUGUUACUGGUGGUGAGUUUACAAGGCAAGCAGAAGUUACAUUCCUCAGCAACAAUGAAAAGCUGAUCAUUAAGCAGAAGUUCAGUGGGAUUGAUGAACAUGGGCAUCUUACAAUCAGCACAGAACUUGAAGGCAAAGUGCCUGAGAUCCCAUUUGGCUCAUCUGUACAUAUAGAACCCUACACUGAGCUCUAUCACUCUUCUAGUUCUGUUAUCACAUCAUCAUCUACCAGAGAAUAUACUGUGACAGAACCAGAAAGAAAUGGAGUAUCACCAACAUAUACAGUUUCUUAUCAGUGGCGACAGACAAUUUCAUUUGAUGAGUGCAUCCAUGAUGAUUCACAUCAUUCUGCUUCAGCCACUCAGCAGCUAUCAGUGGACAGCGUCUUUGUCUUAUACAAUAAAGAGGAACAGAUUUUGCGAUAUGCAAUGAGCAAUUCAAUUGGCCCAGUUGAUGGUUCGAGUGAUAUAAGCUACAAUCCUUGUUACAUAGGCACUCAUGGCUGUGAUAUUAAUGCAGUUUGUCGUCCAGGAACGGGCAGUCAAUUUACCUGUGAAUGCUCAGUGGGUUUCCAGGGAGAUGGACGUACAUGUUAUGAUGUAGAUGAAUGCCUGGAGCAGCCAACAGUGUGUGGCAGCAAUGCUGUGUGUAUUAAUCAGCCGGGAACUUUUCGAUGUGAAUGUCUAGAGGGUUAUCAGUUUUCAGCUGAUGGGCGAACAUGUGUGGCUGUUGAUCGUGUUGUGAAUCAUUGUUUAGCGGGUACACACACAUGUGAUAUCCCUCAACGUGCCCGCUGCAUCUACUCUGGUGGAUCUUCUUACAUCUGUGCGUGUAUUCCAGGGUUUUCUGGAGAUGGACGUUCCUGCGUGGAUGUAGAUGAAUGUCAGCCUAGCCACUGCCAUCCAGAUGCUGUUUGCUAUAACACCCCAGGGUCCUUCAGCUGCCAGUGCAAAGCAGGUUAUCAUGGAGAUGGCUUCCAAUGUGCAUCAGGAGAAAUAGAGAAGACUAAAUGCCAAAGAGAACAGGAACAAAUUCUGGUGUUGGGUCCAAGAGGACCUAGGCCAAUUGGCCAGUUUAUUCCUCAGUGUGAUAUCUAUGGGAAUUAUUUGCCAACCCAGUGCCACCCUAGCACUGGCUACUGCUGGUGUGUGGACAGAGAUGGUAAUGAGGUGGAUGGUACCAGAAGUGGCCCAGGAAUCCAACCUCCAUGUCUGGGCACAGUUGCUCCUCCUGUUACAAUUGGACCCUCCGUAAAACCAGGUACAAUUUCCCUGCCUCCAGGAAGCCACUUACUCAUUGCUCAGAGUGGGAAGAUUGACCAUGUCCCUCUGGAGGGGAAUGUUAUGAAGAAAUCAGAUGCAAAAGCUUUGCUGUAUGUGCCAGAUAAAGUUGUUAUUGGGGUUGCUUAUGACUGCUUGGAGAAGAUGGUUUAUUGGACAGAUAUCAGCAGCCCAUCCAUCAGUAGAGCAAGCCUUGGUGGAGGAGAGCCAGCAUCCAUCAUAAAGACAGAUUUGGAAAGUCCUGAAGGAAUAGCACUGGAUCACCUUGGCCGUACUAUCUUCUGGACUGAUUCUCAGCUUGACAGAAUAGAGGUAGCCAAAGUAGAUGGCAGCCAUCGACGUAUAUUGUUUGACACUGAGCUGGUGAAUCCUCGAGCCAUUGUUGCAGAUCCUGUGAGAGGAAAUCUUUACUGGACAGACUGGAACAGAGAAGCUCCUAAAAUUGAAGCUUCAUAUAUGGAUGGUACAAAUAGAAGAAUUCUCGUUAAGGAUGAUUUGGGACUGCCAAAUGGGCUGACAUUUGACACCUAUUCUUCGUUGUUGUGCUGGGUAGAUGCAGGGACCAAAAGGGUAGAAUGUAUGGAUCCCAACCAGCAUAAUCGUCGAAAGGUCCUUGAAGGAAUUCAGUAUCCUUUUAGCAUUACAAGCUAUGGAAAGAAUUUAUUUUACACUGACUGGAGAAGAGAUGCUGUGGUAGCAGUGGAUCGCACAAUCUUAGAAGAGAACGAUAACUUUCAACCCUACAAGCGCACUCGUCUUUAUGGAAUAACGACAGCCUUGGCUCAGUGUCCAACAGGGCACAACUACUGUUCCGUGAAUAAUGGAGGCUGCACUCAUCUAUGUCUGGCUACCCCAGGAGGCCGUUCUUGCCGAUGCCCAGAUAAUACCAUUGGAGUGGAUUGUCUAGAAAGGAACUGAGAACUGUAGCUGCCACCUUGGGGAAAUAUACUGCCACUAAGUAAACGGCAAGUUUCCUUAAGAUAAUGGAAAGAUCCUUAAGGUAAUGAUUGCUCUUUCCCUUGGAGCUGGAAGCCCACAUGUAAUCGAAUAUUGGCACUUCUCUGCAGCCAUUUAUUGUACAUUCCUUUUUUAAAAAACAAAACAAAAGAACACAAAGUGUAACAGCCACCUGUAACUGUGCCAGUUAAAUAAAACCUCUAAAAUCAUUUAUUGUAUGAAUUAUAGUAUUGGGGUGUUAGAAAGCGUAAGAGAAUCAGAUAUUAAACAUCCAUGUUUAUUUAGUAUGGAAUCAUAUUUUGACAAUUCAUGGAUAACUUAUGACUAGUGCAGCUGAAUGCUGGGCAGUAAAACCCCAAGAAGGAAUUUAAUGACAUGACUUGAAACCCAAAUGUAGGAGUUUAUUUGUAAUGAUAAUCAGCUGCCUAAGCCAAAGAGAAUCUCUUGCUUUUAUCUCAAAUAUCUUAAGUAGUACAAUCGCUAUUCCACAAAACUCUUGAGAAUACAAAUAAUAUCGGAUGCUCUGUUAAGAAGGAUUAAAGCAGCAUGAUAUUAAAAACUGAUGGUUUCUCUGUACAGUUGUCUUAAAGCUAUCUUUUCCCCAACUUUUUCCUGGAUUUUCCAGAAAUUUAUUGGGGAAGCAAAAGGAUAUAUAUGAGUCAUUGGCCAUUUGUAUAGGUCCAGUUCCUCUAGUUUCAGUAGAAGGGUAGCCUUUAGUAAACUAUUGCAGAAUCACUUUUCUCUUUGGUACGGCCCUGUGGAUGUCUGUAUUGAACAGUAAAAGUGUGAGCAGUGGAAAAAUUAUUUUCAGAUGAAAACUGUCAAAUAUUAAUUUUUAUAUCCUUUUCUUCUAGUACAGGUAGUCCUCAUUUAGCAAUUGCAUUGGAUAGUAACUGUUCACAAAUACCACAGUAAUAAAUGGUAAUAAAAAAUUCAUUUUCCCAC